UUUAUAUAUCAGGAUUCUUUUGCGGAUCCUGUGAUUCAGUGAACAGAAGAAGAAGAGGAAAUAUUGUUGUUAUAUGUUAUAUACUCUGAUAGCAUGACAGAGCUAUUCAAUUAUGUAAGUGCGAGCUCUAGUCCAACUUUAAAGACUAGUAGUACCUAUCAAGACACAGAAAAUGAUCACAUUAUUGCUAAAAUACUAGCUGAAGAAGAAAAUAACUUACCAACUGAUGGGAACCUUGGGGCGCGACUCUAUAAGUUAGGUUCAAUCCCGCAUACACCUCGAGUUAUCUAUCAAAUACCUGACUUCAAUGACGCCAUGUUAGACCAUGAAAGGCUUGCAGCAAGGUUGGCCACUUAUGGUUUAUCUGAACAUCGAAUGGAGGGUGAUGGAAAUUGUCAGUUCCGAGCCCUUUCAGAUCAGUUGUUUCAUAAUCCGGAGGAUCAUAAACAUGUAAGGAAGCAAGUUAUCAAGCAGCUAAAGAGAUUCCGAAAGUUAUACGAAGGUUAUGUCCCGAUGAAGUACAAGUGCUACCUAAAGAAGAUGAAAAGAUCAGGUGAAUGGGGCGAUCAUGUUACAUUGCAAGCUGCUGCUGAUAGAUUUGGGGUAAAAAUCUGUUUAGUAACCUCAUUUCGAGAUACUUGCUACAUCGAGAUCCUUCCCAAGAAUAUCCAUCAUCCUUCUUCCCGAGAGUUGUGGCUGAGCUUCUGGAGUGAAGUUCAUUAUAACUCACUGUAUACAAGAGGAGAUAUUCCUGUAAAAGCACCUAAGAAGAAGCAUUGGCUCUUUUAGAAAACAAAUGGAGAUUCAGAAACUUCAAAACACCACAGUAAAGUUAUAAUAACAUAUAUCAUUCUAUUUAUCUCUUACUCUGCAUUGUUUUUCAAAUAAUAUGAAUA